AUGGUUGAGGAGAACGGAGAUGCGGUCGACUUACCUUACGAGGAAAAGUUGAAAUACUGUACUGUGAUCGCGAGUCCGAUGGCGUCUGAGAAAACGACCAACAAGUUGAUGAAGAUCGUUCGGAAAAGUGUCGAUCUGAAGUCAAUUUACUCCGGAUUGAAGGACGUGCAGAAAGCUGUGCGCAAAGGAAAGAAAGGACUGGUGAUCCUUGCCGGCGACGUGAGUCCCAUUGAAAUCAUGUGCCACAUGCCGAGUUUCUGCGAGUCCAAAGACGUCCCUUACGUGUUCGUCCCUUCACGAAAGGACCUGGGCAUUGCCUUGAAACGGCAACGACCUUGCAUCAUGGUGAUGGUGGUAGAGCAUGAGGAUACCCAAGACAGGUUCCAGUCCCUUGUUGCAUCUGUGGCCAAGCUCCAACCUCACCAUGAACCUCUACAACUUGAGACCUCAUAAUUUUUCUUCGGGCGAAUUCCAUUGUUUUCUAGACUGCGUGCGGAUGGUGAAUGAAAAAGUGCACGUUUCUUCUUGGG